AUGUUUGGUUUAGAUCUUUACACUGUAGUGCAACAAAGUGAAACAUCGCCACAGCAGCUCGCGUCCGGACGUCGAAGGUUUAUGUCUAAAAGAAUAACAUCUUGGGAAAAACACAAGAUGAUGAUGAUAUUCGUAGUUCUCAUCUUCCUAUUGGCAUUUAUAUUAAUGCGCAUAGGAUAUACCCUGUAUGUCAUGAAUUGUUGCAGUGACAAACCCAUAUAUGUACAAAGGUCCAUCAAGUCGCUUGUAGUAUUAGGGUCAGGAGGUCACACUGGGGAAAUGCUCAAAAUCAUUCGUGCACUGGAUGUAUGCCGCUACAGCCCAAGAGUGUAUGUGGUUGCUGCAACUGACACUGUUAGUCUGAGACGUCUGCAAGAUAUGGAGAAAGAGUUUAAGGAAAGAGCCAAAGGACCUGAUGAAGAGGACCAAUAUGUAGUUGAGAUUGUGCCAAGAUCACGUGAAGUGGGUCAGUCGUGGCUGUCAAGUGUGUUCACAACUGCUUGGGCCUUUGUCUUCAGCAUGCUUAUCGUUUUUCGCCAUCGGCCAUCACUCCUGCUCACCAACGGACCAGGAACAUGUGUUCCAAUUUGCAUUGCUGCUUUCAUAAUGAGAGUUUUGUGCCUGAGUCAGAUUCGUAUUGUGUUCAUAGAGAGUCUGUGCCGCGUGCUGUCUCUCUCCCUCUCAGGCAAGAUUCUUUAUAGGGUUGUUGAUGAUUUCUUUGUACAGUGGCCACAGCUUAAAGCUAAGUAUCCAAGGUCUAUAUACAUGGGUCGUUUGGUGUAAGUUAAGGAUUCUUAGUGAGUAUGUGAUUUACAUAUGAUAUUGUCUUUUGAGAAUCUAAGUGCCUUGUGAAGUAUAUUUUUCACUGAUCUCAUAGAAUACAUGUAAUAUAGGGCAACAAUUUAUUUUGAUUCCUCUCUUUUUCUUGUGGAGUUGGUAUGAGAAUCAAAUCAAAAGGCUCAGUUUCAAAAGUAGUAGCCAGAAAAUUUCACCAGAAGCAGGGGGUACUGGAUAAGAAGUAUAUGUUUGAUAUUGACACAUUUUUUGUUAUGACUAUUUUCCAGAAAAAAAUAGAUCUAGAUGCAAGAAAAUCCACCUGAAAAUGGAGAAAAUACACUUCUAAAACACCAAAAGACCUAAGUGAUUGCUUGUAGCUAGUCCCUUCAGUGGUAAAACUAUUAGGUAUGUCUUUUAGCAGACAGGAGCCACUAAAUAUGGAAUACAUUUUUUAACAACUACUGAUAAUUUUUUGACAUUACAGUAGUGUUAGUCAGUUGAAUUUCCCAUUAUAUUGGCCUAACACCCAAAAGGCUGAUUGAUUUAUGAGAAACCGCAUUAAGAAAUAAUUUGAUAACAUACAUUAUUCUUUACCCUCUGUGGCUUUCUUCUUUUACACAAGAUAUGGUAUCCAAGAUCUUAGUGUCCCCUUUUCCUGUUACUCACUGACUCUCAGUGUUUAGAAUAUAAGUCCAUUAGAAAAGAAGUACACAUAUUUUAUACCUUUUGUAUUUGUAUUUUCUUUAGAUGGAUUCAUACCAUUCAUGCUUUAUGUAAUUCAAUUGGGAGAAAGAACUGGAAUGGUUUUCUUAAACUGAAAUUGCAAGUAAUCGUAUAUUUAUUUUGAUAUUAACUUAUCAAGAUUUAAUUUUUGAUAAUAUUUGAGUAUUACCAUCAUGUUAGGUGGGCACACAUUUUGACUGUUGUGUUAUUUAUUGUUGACAGCCUGGUUGAGUUUAUUAUAAGUGUAUGACAAUUAUUUUGUACUGAAUAUACGUACAUGUUGCAGAGUUUUUACAAUAUAUAUAAAUGCUGAAAUAA